GCCAGCAGCUUCCCGAGUCCUUGGGGAAGCACGCGCACCAUCCACUUAGUGCUGGAGCCUGGCUGUUCUCCGGGCACUCCUACCCCGUCUUCCUGGCGGGGCUUAGAUGCUCCUGCCUCUUCCACCAGCUCCUCCUGCCCUGCAUGCUCCAGGGAGGAUGGAGGCUUCCAGGCACCCCCAGGCCAGGAGAUGCUGCCCAGAGGCCCUGGGAAAGCUCUUCCCUGGCCUCUGCUUCCUCUGCUUUCUGGUGACCUACGCCCUGGUGGGUGCUGUGCUCUUCUCUGCCAUUGAGGACGGCCAGGUCCUGCUGGCAGCAGAUGAUGGAGAGUUUGAGGAGUUCUUGGAAGAGCUCUGCAGAAUCUUGAACUGCAGUGAAACAGUGGUGGAAGACAGGAAACAGGACCUUCAGGGGCAUCUGCAGAAGGUGAAGCCUCAGUGGUUUAACAGGACCACAGACUGGUCCUUCCUAAGCUCACUCUUUUUCUGCUGCACCGUGUUCAGCACUGUGGGGUAUGGCUACAUCUACCCCGUCACCAGGCUUGGCAAGUACUUGUGCAUGCUCUACGCUCUCUUUGGUAUCCCCCUGAUGUUCCUCGUGCUCACAGACACAGGCGACAUCCUGGCAACCAUCUUAUCCACAUCUUACAAUCGGCUCCAAAAAUCCCCUUUCUUUACGCGCCCUCUCUCCAAGUGGUGCCCCCAGUCUCUCUUCAAGAAAAAAACAGACCUCAAGCCCACAGAUGAAGCCGUCCCUCAGAUCAUCAUCAAUGCUGAAGAGCUUCCAGGCCCCAAACCUGGCACAUGUCCUUCACGCCCAAGCUGCAGCAUGGAGCUCUUUGAGAGACUUCGUGCGCAAGAGAAACAGAACACACUGCAACUGCCCCCACAGACCAUGGAGAGGAGUAGCUCAUGUCCCGAAUUGGUGCUAGGGAGACUCUCGUACUCCAUCAUCAGCAACCUGGAUGAAGUCGGACAGCAAGUGGAGAAGUUGGACAUCCCCCUCCCCAUUGUUGUCCUGAUUGUUUUUGCCUACAUUUCCUGUGCAGCUGCCAUCCUUCCCUUCUGGGAGACAGAGUUGGAUUUUGAGAAUGCCUUCUAUUUCUGCUUUGUCACGCUGACCACCAUUGGGUUUGGGGAUACUGUUUUAGAACACCCUAAUUUCUUCCUGUUCUUCUCCAUUUAUAUCAUCGUUGGAAUGGAGAUUGUGUUCAUUGCUUUCAAGUUGGUGCAAAACAGGCUGAUUGACAUCUACAAAAAUGUUAUGCUAUUCUUUGUAAAAGGGAAGUUUUACUGCCUGGUUAAAAAGUGAAGGUUUCAUUAUCUCUCAAGUGACGGACACUGGCUGAGCUGGUUUUCUUAUGUUGUCUUUCAGGGUCAUGUGAUUAAAUCAGUGGCACUGCAGCCUGUCACCUGAGACCUUGAGUCUUGGAGACAAAUCCCUUAUGAAAGCUGAGUUCAGUCUUGAGGGCCUGCAGAAAUUUGGCCAGUGCCCUUUGUAUCAGGACAUUAGGGGAAAAAAAACUAUUACCAUUCUCCAAAGUCCAGUGAAUUUAUCUGUCCUCUUUUUUUUAAAGGCAUCACCUCAUGUAGAUGAAGCAACCUUAUGGAUGUCACUGCUUUUCUUAAAAUAUGAGAAAAAACACCUUUAUUCUUGGAAGUUGUACUUUUAGUUAAAUUAAAAUUUUCCUGAACUGUUCUUUUUUACCUGAAAAAGAACUAGUGUGAACAACCUCUUUUCUUGAAUGACUACCUGAGUGCAUAUAAGAUCAGUCCAAUCCCAGCCCCUGUCGAAUACAUAGAUGCUGGAUGGCACCAAAAUGGCGAAGUAGAAGCAAUUGGGCUUCACUGUCCCUUAUAGAAAACCAAAAACAACUAUCUAGUGCCAAGAUAAUAACCACUGAUAUCACAGAACUCAAAACUGAGGGUUUGACAAACCCUGGGGCCACAGAAAAGUGAAAAACAGUGAGUGGAAGGUAGGUAAAAUGGACUUCUCUGUGACACCCCUUCCCUGAACUGUAAGUCACCAUGUGGAAAUGUUCCCUGGACUCAUGAUUUCAACACUAGAAAAAAGGAAGAUCAAGGCAGCCAGCCGGCUUCCUCAUCAUCUUGAGUACCUAUUCAGGAAAGCUUUCCUGCCUCAAUCCACAGAAAGAAUCAUGAAUACUUGUAGGGCAAGGGACCCCUGAAAGCUUCUGGAGUCCUGUCGACAUUGGAGGUGGGGCUGGCAGCCCAGUGAGUGAAACUCUGGGGCUGCUCUUCAUCUCAGACAAACAAGACGCUAAAUAAGAGAGGUAGUUCAGCAGCACCACAUUUUAAGAGGCACUCACCAGAGCCCCUCUGGGCAAGAAGCCCUAGCCAGACCCUCAAAACACAGCUGGAGAAUCCCCAUUGGUGCCCUUUAUCUGUGACAAGGCAGAGCUUUGAACUUUCACAAGAGUCAUGACAAACAUGGACUUAGGGUACUAUUUAGUGCUGAAAAGGAGGCAGUGAUCUAGGGCUAAAGGAACCAAUAGGCAAAGUGCACAGAACAUCUAAACAUACAUAUCCUAAAGAGACCAAACUAACCCAGGCAGCAAAGACUGGAAUAAAUAACCAUUCAAAGUGAAGACAUACAUGUACGUCCAUAAGAAACUGCUACACCAGGAACCAUGACUUCUUCAAAUGGGCAAAGCAAAGAGCCAGUGAGUGAUUGGCCCAAACAAGAUGGUAAUCUGUGAGCUCUCAGAUCAGGAAUUCAAAAUAGCAGUCUUAAGAAAACACAACAAAUGCCUAGGUAACACAGAAAACCAAUUCAGAAACCUAUCAGAGAAAUUUAACAAAGAGAUUAAAAUAAUUUUAAAAUAUCAAACAGAAGUCUUGGAACUGAAAAGGACAUUAGCUGAACUAAAAAACACAUCACAAGGUCUCAACAACAGAACAGAUCAAGCAGAGGAAAGAAUUAAUGAAAUCGAAGACAAGCUAUUUGAAAAUAUACAUUUGAAGGAGAAAAAAGAAAACAAUGAAAAGGAAUAAAGAAUGCCUACAAAAUCUAGAAAAUAACCUCAGAGGAGCAAAUCUAGGAGUAAUGGUUUUCAAGAGGGAACUGAGAAAGAACAAGGCGGCAGAAGGCUUAUUCAAAGAAAUAAUAGCAGUAACCUUUCCAAGCCUAGAGAAAGAUAUAAAUAUGCCAGGUACAGGAAGGUCAAAAAUCACCAAACAGAUUUAACCCAAAUAAAAUGGCCCCAAAGCACAGAAUAAUCAGAUUCACAAAGGUCAAGGACAAAGAGAAGAUGCUAAAAGCAGCAAGAGAAAAUAAGCAAACAACAGGUAAAGAAGCUCUGAUUCAUCUGGCAACAGACUUCUCAGCAGAAAGCAUAUAGACCUGGAGAGGGUAGGAUGACAUAUUCAAAGUGCUGAAGGUAAAAAGACCUGUCAACUGAGAAUACUGUACCCAGCAAAGCUAUCAUUCAAACAUGAGCUGAGGGAAUUCAUCAUCACCAGUACUGUCUUACAGAAUUGCUAAAGGGAGUUGUUUAAUCUGGAAGAAGAAAAGAAAAUUAUUGUGCAACAAAGACAUCAUCUGAUAGUACAAAACUCACUGGUAAAAGUAAGUACACAGACACAUUCAGAAUACUCUUUUACUGUAAUUGUGGUGUGUAAACCACUCAUUUCUCUAGUAUGAAGACUAAAAGACAAAUUAUCAAUAAUAAUAACCAGAACAAUUUGUUAAGAGAUAGGCAAUAUAAAAAUGUAAAUUAAGACAAUAAAAAGUCAGAAUAUAGGGGAAUGGAGUUAAAGUAUAGGGUUUUUUAGUUUUUUUCUUUUCUUUGUGACCAAAGUUGUCAUCUAUUCAAAUAACUUGUUAACUAUGUUUUUUGUAAACCUCACAGUAAUCACAAAGCAAUCACAAAACCUAACAUAGAUACACUAAAAAUAAGAAGCAGAGAAUUGAAACCUACUACCAGGGAAAAUCACUUAAAAUAUACUGACGUCACAGAGUGGAAUUGACACCUGUGUUCACAGGGGUCUGAGAUAUUUCCAGUGACCAGAUUCUGUUUCUAAUUGGUGUGUUAAUGGUGCCUCUGGAAUGAGUUGGCCUCUGAAAACAUCGAUGCCUAAAUGAAAGCAUUAGUACAUGGGAACGCUGGCACUUGUUAGGUAGACAUACUCCUAGGCUGUUCAUGGAUGGGUUAGCAUGUGAAUGGGCUGGUCUGUGUAGCAGAUGCUACAGGUGCCCUAUCCAUAUGUCUUGGCACUACAACUCCCUUUGCUUGAGAAUUUUCUCUGGCCAUGAAAGCAUGGGAAUGUGCAGGGCUAGCUAAAAGUGCCAAGGAGUUAAUCCUUUUGGGAGCAUCCCUCAAUCAAUGACUGAUGGGAGCUGGUAGAUAUAUGGUGCCCAGCUCCCUUCCCCUUCCCAUGGAAUAACUCCUUGGGAUGUUUAAUACUGAUACUGUCUCCCUAAAUUCCCCAGAGGACUUGAGCCCCAGUUGCUUAUCUGUACACCCUGUAUUGACCCCCUUCAUCUCCCUGUCUCACUUCUUCACUGCUCUACUUGGGCUUCCUGAGAUCACCUCCAAAAGAACCACUCACUCAAAUCCUGUUUCAGGGUCACUCCUGGGGACCCCAGCCUGGGAGAGGAUGUAAACAAGUCAGUAUAUGACCUGGUUGGCACACGCAUGGAAUAGCACAAAUCUUUUUUUUAAUGAUUUUUUAAUUGCAUUUUAGGUUUUGGGGUACAUGUAAAGAACAUAUAAGAUUGUUGUAUAGGUACACACAUGGCAAUGUGGUUUGCUGCCUUCCUCCCCAUCACCUGUAUCUGGCAUUUCUCCCCAUGUUAUCCCUCCCCAACUCCCCACCCGCUGCUGUCCCUCCCCCAUUCCCCCCCAAAGACCCCUGAGUGUGUGAUGCUCCCCUCCCUGUGUCCACGUGUUCUCAUUGUUCAACUCCUACCUAUGAGUGAGAAUAUGCAGUGUUUGGUUUUCUGUUCUUGUGUCAGUUUGCUGAGAAUGAUGGUUUCCAGGUUCAUCCAUGUCCCUACAAAGGACACAAACUCAUCGUUUUUGAUGGCUGCAUAGUAUUCCAUGGUGUAUAUGUGCCACAUUUUCUCUGUCAGUCUAUCAUUGAUGGGCAUUUGGGUUUGUUCCAAGUCUUUGUUAUUGUAAACAGUGCUGCAAUGAACAUUCAUGUGCAUGUGUCCUUAUAAUAGAAUAAUUUAUAAUCCUGUGAAUAUAUACCUAGUAAUGGGAUUGCUGGGUCAAAUGAAAUUUUUCCUUGAGGAAGUGCCACACUGUCUUCCACAAUGGUUGAACUAAUUUACACUCCCACCAACAGUGUAGAAGUAUUCCUGUUUCUCUACAUCCUCUCCAGCAUCUGUUGUCUCCAGAUUUUUUAGUGAUCACCAUUCUAACUGGCGUGAGAUGGUAUCUCAAUGUGGUUUUGAUUUGCCUUUCUCUAAUGACCAGUGAUGUUGAGCAUUUUUUCAUAUGUUUGUUGGCCUCAUGAAUGUCUUCUUUUGUAAUAUGUCUGUUCAUAUCCUUCACCCACUUUUGAAUGGGCUUGUUGGUUUUUUUCUUGUAAAUCUGUUUUCAUUCUUUAUAGAUUCUGGAUAUCAGCCCUUUGUCAGAUGGGUAGAUUGCAAAAAUUUUUUCCCAUUCUGUUGGUUGCCAAUUCACUCUAAUGACUGUUUCUUUUGCUGUGCAGAAGCUCUGGAGUUUUAUUAGGUCCUAUUUGUCUAUUUUGGCUUUUGUUGCCAAUGCUUUUGGUGCUUUAGUCAUGAAGUCCUUGCCUAUGCCUUUGUCCUGAAUGGUUUUGCCUAGGUUUUCUUCUAGGGUUUUUAUGGUGUUAGGUCUUAUGUUUAAGUCUUUAAUCCAUCUGGAGUUAAUUCUAGUGUAAGGUGUCAGGAAGGGGUCCAGUUUCUGCUUUCUACACAUGGCUAGCCAGUUUUCCCAACACCAUUUAUUAAACAGGGACUCCUUUUCUCAUUGCUUGUUUUUGUGAGGUUUGUCAAGGAUCAGAUGGUUGUAGAUGUGUGGCGUUGCCUCCAAGGCCUCUGUUCUGUUCCAUUGGUCUAUAUCUCUGUUUUGGUACUAGUACCAUGCUGUUUUGAUUACUGUAGCCUUGUAGUAUAGUUUGAAAUCUGGUAGUGUGAUGACUCCUGCUGUGUUCUUCUUGCUUAGAAUUGACUUGGCUAUGUGGGCUCUCUUUUGGUUCCAUAUGAAGUUUAAGGUGGUUUUUUCCAAUUCUGUGAAGAAGGUCAUUGGUAGCUUGAUGGGGAUAGCAUUGAAUCUGUAAAUUACUUUGAGCAGUAUGGCCAUUCUCACAAUAUUGAUUCUUCCUAACCAUGAGCAUGGAAUGUUUCUCCAUCUGUUUGUGUCCUCUCUUAUUUCAUUGAACAGUGGUUUGUAGUUCUCCUUGAAGAGGUCCUUUACAUUCUUUGUUAGUUGUAUUCCUAGGUAUUUUAUUCUCUUUGUAGCAAUUGUGAAUGGAAGUUCAUUCUUGAUUUGGCUCUCUUUAAGUCUGUUAUUGGUGUACGGGAAUGCUUGUGAUUUUUGUAUCCUGAGAAUUUGCUGAAGUUGCUUAUCAGUUUCAGGAGAUUUUGGGCUGAGACAAUGGUGUCUUCUAAAUAUACAAUCAUGUCAUCUGCAAAUAGAGACAAUUUGACUUCCUCUUUUCCUAAUUGAAUACCUUUUAUUUCUUUUUCUUGCCCGAUUGCUCUGGCUAGAACCUUCCAAUACUAUAUUGAAUAGGAGUGGUGAGAGAGGGCAUCCUUGUCUGGUGCCAGAUUUCAAAGGGAAUGCUUCCAGUUUUUGCCCAUUCAGUAUAAUAUUGGCUGUGGGUUUGUCAUAAAUAGCUUUUACUAUUUUGAGAUACAGUCCAUCAAUACCUAGUUUAUUGAGGGUUUUUAGCAUAAAGGGCUGUUAAAUUUUGUCAAAGGCCUUAACUGCAUCUAUUGAGAUAAUCAUGUGUUUUUUGUCUUUGGAUCUGCUUAUGUGGUGAAUUACAUUUAUAGACUUGCGUAUGUUGAACCAGCCUUGCAUCCCCGGGAUGAAUCCUACUUGAUCAUGGUGGAUAAGCUUUUUGAUGUGCUGUUGCAAUGAGUUUGCCAGUAUUUUAUUCAAGAUUUUUGCAUCUAUGUUCAACACCGAUACUGGUCUGAAAUUUUCUUUUCUUGUUGAGUCUCUGCUGGGUUUUGGUAUCAGGAUGAUGUUGGUCUCAUAAAAUGAUUUGGGAAGGAUUCCCUCUUUUUGGAUUGUUUGGAAUAGUUUCAGAAGGAAUGGUACCAGCUCCUCUUUGUAUGUCUGGUAGAAUUCAUCUGUGAACCCAUCUGGACCCAUGUUUUUUUUGGUGGUAGGCUAUUAAUUGCUGUCUCAACUUCAGCCCUUGUUAUUGGUGUAUUCAGGGUUUUGACUUCUUCCUGGUUUAGGCUUGGGAGGAUGCAGGUGUCCAGGAAUUUAUCCAUUUCUUCCAGGUUUACUAGUUUAUGUGCAUAGAGUUGUUUGUAAUAAUCUCUGAUGAUGGUUUGUAUUUCUGUGGAAUCUGUGGUGAUAUCCCCUUUAUUGUUUUUUUAUUGCAUCCAUUUGACUAUUCUCUCUUUUCUUUUUUAUUAAUCUGGCUAGUGGUCUGUCUAUUUUGUUGAUCUUUUCAAAAAACCAACUCCUGGUAUUGAUUUUUUGAAGGUUUUUUUUUUUUUUUGUCUCUAUCUCCUUCAGUUCCGCUCCGAUCUUAGUUAUUUCUUGUCUUCUGCUAGCUUUUGAGUUUUCUUGAUCUUGCUCCUCUAGCUCUUUCAAUUUUGAUGAUAGGGUGUCGAUUUUAGAUAUUUCCUUGCUUCUCAUGUGGGCAUUUAUUGCUAUAUAUUUUCCUCUAGACACUGCUUUAAAUGUGUCCCAGAGAUUCUAGUAUGUUGUGUCUUCAUUCUUGGUUUUGAAGAACAUCUUUAUUUAUGCCUUCAUUUCAUUAUUUAUCCAGUCAACAUUCAAGAGCCAGUUGCUCAGUUUCCAAGAAGCAAUGCAGUUCUGAGUUAGUUUCUGAAUUCUGAGUUCUAACUUGAUUACACUGUGGCCUGAGAGACUGUUUGCUAUGAUUUCCACUCUUUUGCAUUUGCUGAGGAGUGAUUUACUUCCAAUUAUGUGGUCAGUUUUAGAGUAGGUGUGAUGUGGUGCUGAAAAGAAUAUAUAUUCUGUGGAUUUGGGGUGGAGAGUUCUGUAAACGUCUAUCAGGUUUGCUUGGU